AUGGAAGAUUUCUUCUUUAUUGAUAAAGAACUGUGUGGUUAUAGCGAAUCAAACGACUCCACCGAUGGUAGCCUGGAUGGCAGUGAAGCUGACCUUGACAUGUUCGGAGCAAUGAAGGAGAGCGAGAUCGAGACGCUAUUUAACGCGUGCAAAGGACUUGAUAUUUGUCCGGAGACGCUUGACAAUUUAAACAAGCAAUGCACGUACAACAAUCAACAGGGAACUUGCGAUUUGUACAAACCGAAGACUCGCGGUGGUAACAACAAAACGACAGCAAAAAAUGAGACCUUGUAUAUCAACGAACAUUUAAGCUGGAAUUAUAAGCAAAAACGAAUAAACUAUGAUCCUAGGCCGAUCUCAAAACGCUCGCGCAAGCGCUCCAUUCCGGAAGAGAUGAAAGAUGACGCGUACUGGAAGAAACGCUGUCAAAACACGGAAAGGGCAAGGAAAAGUCGCGAAGCAAGAAGACUUAAGGAAAUCGAAGUGUUGCAAAAAGUAAAAACAUUAGAGCAGGAGAAAUCCGAUCUACAAGCACAAGUAAAUCAACUGAAAAACCAAGUAGAACUAUUAAAUGAACGCCUUAUGACACAUGAACACCUUGAUUUCAUUUAG